AUGUCAGAUGGAUCAAGUGCGUCAAAAUGGUUUUCAAAUAUACGAGCUCGUUUUACAUCUCGUAACGUCGAACCAAAUUCUGUUAUCAAUCCGAAUUUUGUCUCAUUUAAUGAAAUAAUCGUGCCAUCUAAAGAAUCAACACUAUCAAAUUCAAAACAUGUUUCUUUUCCAGUACAAAAUUCAACAAAUAAUUCCAUACAAUCACUUUCAAAAACGCAAACUAGUAAAAAAGUAGACGAUAUUGAUGAUUAUGAUGAAAUUGAAAAUUCAUUAUUGGAUAUUACUCUGGAUGCUGGUGUCGAUACUGGAACAUUGGCUGAUAAAUCCAAAGGAACGGUGGAUUUUUUUCGUACGUCGGCAGCUACUAAACUUCCUGCAUUAAAUCGUACACAUUAUUCAGAUUGGUCAACAAUCGACUGGCUAAGUGAUGUAGCACGUGAUGGUCUAAGACAUCAAGUUAUUACUGAACAAAAAACAGAAUCACUCUGGCGUCGAUUUAUCUCUUAUCAUGAUGCUCUAUCGGGUUGGUUUUGUGUUUUGCUAGUCGCAAUUAAUAUUGGAAUUAUUGCUGCUAUUGUUGAUAUUGGUGCUGUCUGGUUAGCACAUUUAAAAAAUGGAAUAUGCCUACCAUCAUUUUGGUUGCAUCGUGAACAAUGUUGUUGGACAUCUAGAAACAAUACGUAUAAUGAACAACUAUUAGUUCAAUGUGAACAGUGGCAUUCAUGGUCAAAAGUGUUUCAUAUUGAAAACGAUACAAAUUGGGAGUACGCUGUUAAUUAUUUAGCCUUUGUUGUAUUAGGGUGUAUAUUUGCUUCACUGGGUGCAAUGUUUGUUAAAAUGUUUGCUCCAUAUGCAUCGGGUAGCGGUGUGCCUGAAGUUAAGACGAUUUUAAGUGGUUUUAUUAUCAGGGGAUACCUCGGACGAUGGACGGUGUUAAUAAAAAGCAUGGGAAUGAUAUUAGGUACAAGUGCAAAUUUAAUACUCGGCUUAUUUCCCAAGUAUGGUCAAAAUGAAGCGAAAAAACGCGAAAUAUUAUCCGCGUCAGCCGCAGCUGGUGUUUCUGUAGCAUUUGGGGCUCCCAUUGGAGGUGUAUUAUUCAGUUUAGAGGAAGUUAGUUAUUAUUUCCCAUUGAAAACUCUUUGGAGAUCUCUCUUCUGUGCAAUGGUAGCAUCACUGGUUGUUAAACUAUUAUCACCAUUUGAAAAUCAACAUUUAACAUUAUUUAAUGUUGGCGAUCAAUAUCGAUGGUUUUAUUUCGAACUUAUCCCAUUUAUUUUACUUGGAGUUUUGGGAGGUUUGUUUGGUGCAUUAUUCAUUAAAUUAAAUCUUUAUUGGUGUAAAAUGCGUAAAAGAACAAAAUUAGGACAAUAUCCUGUAACCGAAGUUAUUUGUAUUGCAUUAUUAACAUUACUUGUCACUUAUCCAAAUCCAUUUACAAGAAUUUCAAUGGCAGAUUUAAUACGACGUCUCAUUUCAUCAUGUGGUGUGGAAGAUACAUCAAAUUUAUGUAAUUAUGCACGAAAUGUAACAAGUGCAAAUGAUAAAGUCGAUUCGGCAAAAGCAUUAAGUGGCGUAUGGGCAUCAGUUGGAUUAUUGGUAUUGACUUUAGUCACACAAAUUGGAUUAUUCAUAAUAACAUUCGGAAUUAAAAUACCUUGUGGAUUAUUUAUUCCAAGUAUGACAAUUGGCGCAAUAACGGGACGUAUUGUCGGUAUUUUAUUUGAAGCACUCGUCUAUGAAUAUCCAACAUUUUUCUUAUCUGCUGCAGAAUGCAGUAAAGCUGAUGAAGAAUGUGUAGCACCAGCUUUUUAUGCAUUAAUUGGUUCAUGUGCGUUUUUGGGUGGCGUAACUCGAAUGACGGUGAGUCUUGUGGUGAUCAUGGUUGAGUUGACUGGUGGAUUGAGUUACAGUGUCCCAUUAAUGUGUGCAGCAUUGGUAGCUAAACUAGUUGGUGAUGCAUUAGUUAAAGAAGGUAUUUAUGAUGCGCAUAUUAAUUUGAACAACUAUCCCUAUUUGGAUAUUAAAGAAGAAUUUAGUUUUAAUCGAACAACAGCAGUUGAUCUUCUCAAAAGUAAACAGGAACAACAAAAUGAACAAAAAGCGGAAAAUGUAACACAACCACCCUUAAUUACAUUAAAUCAAGAUGGUAUGAGUUUACAUGAAUUAACCAGUAUAACACGAAGAUAUCCGUUCAGAUGUUAUCCGGUAAUUAUUUCAAAAUCAAUGCCAUAUCUUGUUGGUAUUGUAUCUAGACGAGAUUUACAAUUGGUACUAAAUCAAGCUAAAAGUCGCUCAAACGCAGAUAAUGAUAGUACAGUUCAUUUUACGCGUACGAAACGAGCUGAUACAAUUAGUACAGUAUCAUCAAUUAAACUUUAUCGUUUACUCAAUCGUUCACCUAUUACAGUAACAAAUGAUACACCCGUUGAGACAAUAAUUGAUAUGUGUAGAAAAUUGGGUGCACAAACAAUUCUAAUUACAGAUAAUGGAAAAUUAACUGGACUUUUAACCAAAAAAGAUGUUAUUCAAUAUGUCAAACGAAAGAAAGAACAAAAAUAG